AUGGCUGACGAGACGUUCCCGCGGAUGCAAUCUGAUGCCGCCAAUGCGCGACCAACGGCCAAGCGGCGCAAAAUAGCUCUUGCGUGUAACUACUGCCGUGCUCGCAAGACCCGUUGCGAUGGCCGACAGCCCGCUUGCUCGACAUGUGAAAACAAAGGUGCCAGGUCAACCUGCGUGUAUGAACAGGGGACUCUGAAAACUAGGAGAUAUGUCUCGACCUUAGAGGCUAGGGUUCAGGAGUAUGAAAGAAGACGGCUGAUGGAGCCGGUCGAUGACGGGGCAGAACAAGACAUGAGGCUAGCAGCACCAAUCGCUGUUUCGAGAAGCGAUAACUCGCCAAUUUCCACUAUCCAGGGCGACUUUUCAGCAGCCGAGGGACCGAUAAUCAAGUCUCCGUGCCGCGACGCCAUAGAGACUGACGCAAUGGUUAUUGUUCCAUCUUCCGAGGGGGAUGUUACCAGCCAUCUUAGUGAGUCAUCACCUAUGGCGUUCGUUCGAUCUAUGUUGCGAACAAUCGGCAAGAAUGACUCGCCCUUGCAUGCGACAAAUACAAAGCCCAACGAUGGUUCUCGCCCUGAGAGUUCCUACCUCAGUCCGCAAUCACAGGAUGGCGAUCUGGACCCCGUGUCACUGCCGACACGAGGAGUAGCCGAUGGCUUGGUCAAGGCGUUCUGGGAAUAUCUGCACCCUCUCCUGCCUAUUCUGCACAAACCUACCUUUAUGAGGUCCUAUCGCUUGCAGUGGAUGGGCGAGGACGAAGCAUGCUCAAGUCAAUCACCAGGAAGUCAAGACGAUCCGCCGUUCCUCGCGACGUUGAACAUUGUUUUCGCCAUCAGUUGUCAGUUCAGUGACCAGAUCACAACCACCCGGAAGCGUGUCUUUGCCGAUACAUUCUACCGGCGAUCACGGAGGAUAUUCGCCGACGAAUUUUUAGACUAUCCGACGCUUGCCACCGUGCAGCUUCUCUUGCUCACUGGUGUAUAUCUCCAAUCCACUGUGCACGCAAAUCGGUGCUGGAACAUUGUAGGGUCGGCCAUCAGGACAGCACAGAGUCUGGGCCUUCGCCUUGACCGUACGGCUGGAAACAAGACCCAGUUGCAGAGGGAAAUGGAACGUAGAGUUUGGCACACUUGUGUGUUCCUGGACCGUCAGCUCGCCGUAACCUUUGGCCGGCCCACAAUGAUUUACGGCCGUUCAAAGAUUCCUCUGCCCCUGCUGAUCGACGAUGAAUACUUGCUAGAAGACGGCGAGGGUUCCCAGCCACAUCAACCUGCACAGAUGGCCAGCUUCGUCUACUCGUGCAAGCUCUUCGAUAUCCUGAACGAAAUUCUCUUGAAUUUUUACUCGGAUAAAAGCAACGAGCCUCAAGCAUCCAACCAUCCCUCUGCGCCCUACCAAGAGCUGAGUACCGUCAUGAGACUGAACAGUGCCUUAGAUGAUUUUCAGGACGCACUCCCAAGCUACCUUGUCAUCAGUCCUGAUUCAGCGAACCCUAUCACCCCUGUGCAUGACAAGAUCGCUCUUGGGGCAAAGAUUCUGUAUUCUAGGUUCCUGUAUAUCCGUAUCUUCCUGUUGCGGCCGAUUUUAUUACUGGUUGCGGAAGUCUCGACAAACCCUCCGGGUGAAAAGAAGCCCUACAAGAAUGACAGCCUCGAACAGCAGCUAGCCUUGAAGGCCUGCUCAUUAUGCAUCUCCACGGUACAAACGUUGAUCGCCCACAUUUACAAGAACAUGGACAAUGCCUUUUCCUGCGCUAUAGUACUCGUAGCUGCACGUCUUUGUCCAGCCCCCAAGUUGGAUCUCGAAACGGCUUCACUCCAGACUUCUUGGUCUCAGUGCAUCAAGAUAUUCGAGCAAUAUGUGCCACACUUCCCAUGCGCAUCCUACGUAAUACGAAUCCUUGAGAUUCUGGAACAAAGAAUGCCCCAUCUCACAGCAGAAGGAGAUGCUACUAUGCAAGGGCCUCGAAAUCCCAUGGCACCGGUAGACGAGCCCGUCUGGUCAAACUGGGCCAUGCUGGACGAUCUUCUGCAGUGUGAGCCCAUGGGCCAAACCUUUUCCGGCGACAAGUGGCCAGAGGAGAUGCUCUCGACCUUUGGCUGGGCAGAACCACUUUGA